UGCCCGGAUGUUGCCCAGAUGUCCUCCCAGUUGUCUGUUUUGAACGUAAUUUUGUUAACUCUUCCCUUUACAAUUUUAGUAUUUACCGAGAAACUCGUGAAAUUUAAAAUUUACAAAUUUCCCACGGUCCACGCAACUUCGUGAUUAACGAUGUUUCAAGAUACGAUCAAGAAUUUUAGCAUCAGCUUUGAUGAGAGAAACACGUUCUCUGCAGGCGACUUAACAGGAACUAUCAGUUUUGACUUAACAAAGGAGAUCAAGAUUAGCGCCUUAACGAUAAAGAUAAAGGGGGGAGCGAAUGUGCAGUGGUCUACAGCAUCACGUUCGGGAAAUCUGAGAAGAAGAAACUACCGCGCAAGGAUGGAGUUCUUCACUUACAAAAGCGCCAUCAUACAAACCAACACGGCUGUUAACGGGACAACAAAACUCGCUGCAGGCACGCAUGUUUAUUCGUUCUCAUGCCAGCUUCCAGAGGGAAACUUUCCUUCUUCUUUUCGCGGAAUACAUGGACGGAUAUCCUACUCACUGACAGUGAGCAUCGACAGACCGUGGCAUUUGUCCAAGGACUUCAGAACAGAACUGAACUUUGUCAGCUACAUUGAUCCCCACCAGCCAGAGUUGUGGGCCCCGCUCUCAGGAUCAAACUUCAAGACAUUGUGCUGCCUGUGGUGUACAUCAGGUCCCAUCACAAUGACAGUCAGCUUGGAGAGGAAAGCCUUUAAACCUGGAGAAACGGUAAAAGUAAUGUGCAGUUUUAGCAAUGCUUCAUCUAGAACGGUUACUCCAAAUGUGAAGCUCCAGCAGAAGCAGACGUACUACACCCACUACAGGACGAAUUGGACAAAGGUGGUCAAGACUCUAGCCAGGUUCACUGGGAACCCUGUCAGUGCUCACACGUCAGAUGUGCAAACUGAGAUCCUGCUCCCUAUUCCCUUAAAUGCACCCCCAACCAUCUCAAACUGCAUGAUCCUGGAAGUUGAAUACAUUAUAGAGGUAAGCCUCUGUCUUUGGGGAUCACCUGACCUCAUUGUGGUGUUUCCCAUCGUGCUGUGUGAAUUGCCGGCAUACUGGUAUCUAACAGAGUAAUCGUGAAAUGCAUAAAUGAUGAAAUGAAUUCUAAAAGUUACAGAAUGUAAGAGGAAAUCCACUCCUAUCAACUCUGUCGUGCUUACAAGUUGAGAUGGUGUAUUUAAAAGUUAAAGAAAACACAAUUGCUGUAUUAUUACAGUGUGUUCAGAUUUUUAUUUUUGUGCUGGUUUUAUGUCUUUCCUUUGCUGAACAUCAUCUAUGUCAAUUUAUAUUUGAGUAUAAUUUGGAAUACCUUCAUAGUGUCACUAAUUUGUUCUCCUCUAUUACUACAUAAUGACUGUUACAUUAUUUUUUUUACCACAAACCUUCUUCACAGUGCUUUUAAUCUCUUCAGUUAUUUAAAUGCUUUUGUAGGUUUAGAUUUUAGUCUGAAUGUAAUUCCUAAUGUCUGCAGUUUUACAAGGAAAACAUGCCAAAAGGAUGUGGCUGUAUGUUAAAACGUUCCUCCUUAUUUCCUCUGUGCUAUUAACUGAAGGAAGCAAAACAAAAACUGCUGAUUACUAAAUGUCUAAAAGCAACACUGUGGGCCACCAACACAACACAAGCAGUGCUUUCGUUGUUGAUCCUUGCAUUGUGUUGGUGGGAAGUUUCUAAACAUUGUUCAGUAAGCCUGCCAGAACUCUGAUACACACAUAUAAGCAACUUUUUAAAAAAACAGUUGUUUAUAUGCAACUGUUUUAAAAAGUUGCAUAUAAACAACUUCUUAUAUAUCAUAGUAGAAAAAAGAAUUGUGCUCUAACUUAAAGAUGUGCUCUUAUAUGAAGUUAGCAAAAAUGUGCUUUAAGUUUUUUUCUUUUUUCUUUCUCUAGAUGCUUAUCUAGAGAUUAUUUUAUGUAAAGUUAAAUAUUGAAUGAAAUGUUAAAUAUUAUUGUCACGUGAUUUUUAAACUAUUUUCAUCUAUCAUAUUUUAACUAUCUUUUUUCUUUUUCUUAAAUUUUAUAGUAAAUAUGACCACAUCUAUAUACUCACUUUUACUCAGCAACAGACUUUAAGCACUUUGUAUUGCCUUGUGGCUGAAAAUGUGCAGUAUAAAUAAAAUUACCUUUACCUCGAAUGCA